AUGACUGCCCGUCCUCCUCCUGCCCUCUUCCCCACGGACAACUUUACCGACAGUCGUCCUCUUCUCGUAGGCCCCGACGAACCCCAGUCUCCGUUUCCUAUCCUGCUCAGUGGCUCAGUACAGCGUGGCUUUGGACGUGGAGGCAAGGAUCUCAACUGUCCUACCGCAAACCUCCCUGAUGAAGCGAUAGAGGCGAUCAGUUCAGUGGCCCGGCCGGGCGUGUACUAUGGCUACGCGCAGGUCCCAGAUGCCCCGUCAAACGAGGUCUGGCCAAUGGUAAUGAGUCUCGGCUGGAACCCAUUCUACAAGAAUGAGCGUCUUACUGCCGAGAUCCACGUCAUGCACGAGUAUACUACCGACUUUUACGGCAUGCAGCUUAGAGCCGUCGUCCUUGGUUAUAUACGCCCCGAAUUGGAUUUUACUACCAUGGAGGCAUUGAUAGAGACUAUAGAGACUGAUAAGCGAGUAGCGUUAAACUCGUUGGAUCGGGAAGCAUACAAGACUUUUGCAACCCAUCCUCACUUUGUGUUAAAGGAAUAGAAUUUAUAUAUAACCCUCGAAAUUGAUGCAUCACUUACUCCACACAGAAGGAAACGUUCAAAUCAGG